AUGGCGGAAGCUGCAGCCACAUCCGUGCUGGGUACGAUCAGUCGGGGACACCUCGAAUGCCCGAUUUGUUGCUGUCGUUUCACCGAUCCCAAGAUACUGGACUGCCUGCAUAGCCUCUGCCUGAACUGUCUGGAAGAGCUCAUCAGCAGACAGCAACCCAGGGCAGAAGAGAUUCCUUGCCCAGUUUGCAGGCGGGUAACUGCGGUACCAGACACCGGAUUGCAGGGUCUACCCAACUGCUUUUUCCUGAGUGCCCUCGUCGAUGAAUUCAACAAGCAGGAGCGGUUGCUAGGAGAUGCGCCAGCGGAUACUCGUAAAUGUGAGGAAUGUGACGAGGGCUUAGAAGCCGUCUCAAGGUGCUUGGACUGCUGCAAAUUUAUCUGCACAAAAUGCCUCGAAUCCCACGAACGCAUGAAAUCCAUGAGACACCAUCGGAUCAUUGGACAAGAACAAAACAGAUUCGAUGUAACCCCGAUCAACACUCGGAAGAAAGCUACUCCGCAAUGUAACCAGCACACUAACCAGAAUCUAUGUUUUUACUGCGAGACAUGCAAGACAUUGGCGUGUGGGAAAUGUGCUGCGUUAGAUCAUCGGGCAACGGAGCAUGAAUACAGAGAAGUCGAAGAUGCCAUACGAUCGUACCGUCAGGAUGUCGGUGAGAUCCUACAAAGGUUCGAACAGAGCAAAGAGGAAUUCAAAGUUGCCGACGACUCACUGACGAAUGCCAGAAACCGGUUGAGCAUCAUUGUUACUCGGGCUUGCACAAACAUUACCACCAAAGAGGAAGAAGAGAUUGCCAAGAUCAGAGACAAAUCUCGGUUUCUCAGAGACAAAGUAUCUCAAAUCGUAGCAGAACGAGAUAGACAAUUCGAGAGAGCCCAGCAAAGCAACCGUGACAAAAUGGAGUGGGCCGAGCAAAUCGUAGCGACAGUCAACGACUUGAUGCAGCAAGCUGACGGCUUCGAGCUUUUGGACCUCAAACCAAAGGUGAUGCACAAUUUAGAGUUCCAGAAGGAACUCGAAUUUGAGCAGGCACAGCAUAGGCUCUCAUUCAUCGGGGUGAAUUGUCCCGACGUCGUCACAGAUACAGACCUGGGUGAAGUACUUCAGGAAGAAAGAUGGGAGUUGAGGGAAGAGAUUUCUGAUGUGGUGCUGGCAGAAUUUGAGUGUGCUACAGGCGUCGUAUGUCUAAGCAAUGGUGACAUUGCCGUAAUUGACAGUGAUAAGAAGCAGUUGAUGAAUUUUACUUCCACUGGGAAGUAUAAAACAACUGGUGGGGAGAAGUUGAAUGAAUUAUGGGGAGUAGCUGCGACUUCCGAGGACCUACUUCUGGUCACUGAUGAGGGGUUUGUUAAGGUGUUUGAUUCCAAUCUACAGUUCAUUCGACAGUUUGAACCUUCACAGAAUGAGGACGACGUUGAUACAGACAGUCGUCUUACCGAUAUCGCUGUGGACAAGAACAAUCGGAUAGCAGUGGCAAUCGGUGGGAGAAAGCUGAUAUCUCUCCACCAUCAGGAUGGGUCCUUCAUCACGGCAAUUCCAAAUGGUAUGGUUGGUAACGAUUCGGCAAUCGCGAUCAGGGAACGCAUUAUCUUCACAAACUACGAGGAGAGCAGGUUACUUUGCACUACAUAUACAGGAGAUGAGGUGUUCAAUAUCAAUACUUCACUUGACGGGGAACCGGUACGGCCCUGUGGUGUGUGCUGCAAUGAUGCUGGGGACAUCUAUGUUUCCGUUAAUCUCAAGGAAGGUGAAGACGGUGAAGUGCACCAUUAUUCAGCUGGCGGAGUGUUCAUUGGGCGGGUGGCUCGCGGACUUUACUGCCCCCUUGGCCUGACAUUCACGCCAAGCAGAGACCUCGUGGUGGCUGACAAGUUCUCCGUCAAGAUUUUCAAGCGGGUGUAA